UUCAACGUGAUCGCGUCUCUCACAGAAGCUGUGUGGUUUCUGAGCAGCGCUCACACGCCUCGCUCAUACGCACUUUAAACAGGAUGUAGCUGCUGAGACAGACUACGGAAAGACAGAAAAAGCGGGUUAAACACUGCGAUGUGACAGACACCAGUGAGCCAGAAAAUGCCCAGCACAGCGGAGGAGAAGAAGACAGGAGGAGUCCCGAUGAGGCAGCUCACCGCCGGCAGGUCUUGACGGCUGCUCCCGCUGACCUGAGACGCCCAGCACCACCGCAGCACCGUGCGGUCUACACACACUGAAAACCCAACAUAGCCGAAACACUCAACAUCCCAUCGGUGAACCUUAUAAACGACAAUGGCGAGCCAGGGCGACUGCUGUGUGAAGGUUGCACUGAGGAUUCGUCCUCAGAUGGCAAAGGAGAAGAUAGAGGGCUGCCAUGUGUGCACGCUGGUCACACCAGGAGAACCACAAGUUCUCCUGGGUAAAGACAAAGCCUUCACCUAUGACUUUGUGUUUGACAUCGAAUCAGAGCAGCAGCACAUCUACCAGACCUGCGUGUAUAAGCUCAUUGAGGGCUGCUUCGAGGGCUACAACGCCACAGUGUUCGCUUAUGGUCAGACGGGGUCGGGGAAGACCUACACCAUGGGGACGGGCUUUGAUAUGAGCCUGGGCCAGAAGGAGCAGGGCAUCAUCCCACGGGCCGUUCACCAGCUGUUUGAGGGAAUCAAGAACAGGAGGGUGCGCGCCCAGGAGACUGGCGGCCAGCCACCUGAGUUCAAAGUCAGCGCCCAGUUCCUUGAGUUGUACAAUGAAGAGAUCCUUGACUUGUUCGACGGAGCCAGAGAUCCAGAGAGUCGCAGCAGGAAGUCCAACAUUAAGAUUCAUGAGGACAGCAGCGGCAGCAUCUACACCACUGGAGUCACCUCUAGACUGGUGCAGUCAGAGGAGGAGCUGCUGCAGUGCCUGAAGCUCGGCGCUCUGUCCCGCACCACAGCCAGCACCCAGAUGAACGCCACAAGCUCCCGCUCGCACGCCAUCUUCACCAUCCACCUCUGUCAGAUGAGAGUGUGCCAGCAGGCUCAAAUGCAGAACGGCGGAGGAGGAGGAGGAGGAGGAGAGAACGGGGAGGUGAACGGCGUGGACUCCAGCCCCAUCGCUCAGCCAGAGUUCGAGACGCUGAUGGCCAAGUUCCACUUUGUGGACCUGGCCGGCUCUGAGAGGCUGAAACGCACAGGAGCUACAGGGGAGAGAGCGCGGGAGGGAAUCUCUAUUAACUGUGGACUGCUGGCACUGGGGAAUGUGAUCAGUGCUUUAGGAGACCAGACUAAGAAGGGAGGGCACGUCCCUUACAGAGACUCUAAGCUCACUCGUCUGCUACAGGACUCAUUGGGAGGCAACAGUCGCACAGUGAUGAUUGCCUGCGUCAGUCCAUCAGACCGGGACUUCAUGGAGACACUGAACACACUGAAGUACGCCAACCGUGCCCGAAACAUCAAGAACAAGGUGGUGGUGAACCAAGACAAGACCAGCCAGCAGAUCAGCGCCCUGCGUGCCGAGAUAGCCCGACUUCAGCUGGAACUGAUGGAGUACAAGGCGGGGAAGCGUGUGGCCGAUGAGGAUGGUUCAGAAGGCUACAGCGACCUGUAUCAGGAGAAUGCCAUGCUGCAGAGAGAAAACGACACACUGCGCCUCAGGGUGAAGGCCAUGCAGGAGACCAUUGACCACCUCAAUACACGUGUGACUCAUCUGCUGGCCAAUGAGGUCAGCACUCUGCUGACCAAGUCAAGUGAGGGCAACGAGGAGAUUGGGGCUUUAAUCCAGAACUACAUCCGAGAGGUUGAAGAACUUCGAACCAAACUCCUUGAGAGCGAGGCCAUGAAUGAGUCAUUGCGACGGCAGGUGGCCCGACUUUCUUCGCGUUCCCCAUUCCCUCAAUCCACUCUCAGUCCUGCCCCCGGCCACCCCCCUGGCUCCUCCCCUGCUCCUAUGUCCAUGGAGGCUGAAAUGACGGACGUGUUACGCAGGGCCAAGAUGGACAUCGAGAGGCUGAAGAAGAAGGAGAGGAGGCAGAGGAGAAUGAGUCCCGAGCUGGAGAAAGGUAUGAAGAAACGAGUCAAGCUGCACACUCAUGAGAAUGGAGAGAACGGGCAGAGUGGUGAAAACGGACAAAAUGGACAGAAUGGAGAGAUCGAUUCAGACGACAAUUACACCGAGGACAUCAUGUCUCCACUGCAGGAGGAAAGCGGCUGCGAUGAAGAUGAGGGGGAGGAUGAAGAGGAGGGCAGGGAGGAGGAGGACGGGUUUGACAGUGAUGAGAGCCUGGUGGAUUCAGACUCAGACUCUGAUGAGAAAGCCAACUUCCAGGCAGACCUGGCUGACCUGACCUGCGAGAUCGAGAUUAAACAGAAGCUGAUAGACGAGCUGGAGAACAGCCAGCGGAGGCUGCUGAUGCUGAAGCUGCAGUACGAGGAGAAGCUCAUUCUGCUGCAGAACAAGAUCCGAGACACUCAGCUGGAGAGGGACCGUGUACUGCAGAAUCUGAUGUCCAUGGAGAACUACACGGAGGAGACGGCCAACCGGAUCAAGCAGGACUACGAGAAACGUCUUAAGGAGAUGAACCGAGACCUGCUGAAGCUACAGGCGGCACAGAAAGAGCAUGCCCGUCUCCUCAAAAACCAGGGGAGGUACGAGCGGGAGCUGAAGAAACUCCAGACAGAGGUCAACGAGAUGAAGAAAGCCAAGGUGAUACUGAUGAAGCAGAUGAAGGAGGAGCAGCAGAGGAGGAGGAUGGUGGAGGCAAAGCGGAACCGUGAGAUCGCUCAGCUCAAGAAGGAGCAGCGACGACAAGAGUACCAGAUUCGAGCGCUGGAGUCUCAGAAGCGGCAGCAGGAGCUGGUGCUGCGCAGGAAGACCCAGGAAGUGACUGCCCUGCGGCGCCUCACCAAGCCCAUGUCAGACCGCGUGGCCGGGCGUGUGGCCCGCUGGAACCAGACUCCUCCAGUUACGGACUCUGGAGCUGAGUUAUCGGCCAGCACUACUGCAAGCAGCUCUGAACCCGAGACUGGGAGGACUGUGAGUGGGCUGGUGAGACAGUGGAACAACAAAAACAAUGUGUUCGGAUACAUGGCAGAGAGUGAAGGGAGCAUGGAUGGAACCAGGGUCAUUGGCAGUAGGAAGAAGUUGCAGCGUAAGCCAGCAGGCCUGGGUGUUGGAGCUGCGAACAGAGCUGGCAGCAUCUCCAAGUCUGCGCGUCAGAAGUGGCAAGCACUCGAACAUCGCAUUAUGGACAUUGUCAUGCAGAGAAUGACAAUCGCAAAUGUAGAAGCUGACAUGGAUCGCCUUAUCAAGAAGCGAGAGGAGCUGACAGUCCAGCAGGAAUCACUCUCACAUAAGAGGGAGGUACUCAUGGCAGAUGGGGAGGGACCAGAAGCAGAGGAUCGCCUCCUCCAGGAAAUUAACGAGGAGAUUGAGGUGCUGAACGCCAACAUAGACUACAUCAACGACAGCCUGUCUGACUGCCAGGCCACCAUUGUACAAAUAGAAGAGACCAAGGACGAGCUGGACUCAGUGGACACCUCAGUGGUGAUCAGUUCCUGCUCUCUGUCUGAAGCGCGCCACCUGCUGGACCACUUCCUGAAGGCUUCCAUAGACAAAAGUUUACAGGUGGCUCAGAAGGAGGCUCAGAUCCGACUACUAGAGGGUCAGCUGAGACAGACAGAUGUGAUUGGCUCAUCUCACAAUCACAUAAUCCUUGAUGCCCUGCGAGAGAAGGCCGAAUACAUCCCUGAACUCCAGGCGCUCAUUCACAAUGUACAGCAGGAAAAUGGCUAUGCCAGCACCGAUGAGGAGCCGUCUGAGUUCAGCCAAGCCUCUGACAGCAGUGUAUCUCAGAUGAAAGAAUCCAACAGCCAAGAUGAUUUCAAAAUAAAGAUGGAGCCUCGUCUGUCGGCUCAGAUGAAGGCAGUGUCUGCGGAGUAUCUGGGUCCCAUCCUGGACUUGUCGGGUGGCAAGCAGCAGCACAUCACCAAGUCUCUGGCCUCGCUUACGGAUAUCCAGGAGGAUGGCAUGAGCCUGGGGACAGCGAGUCUUGGGCUCAGCUUGGCCCUACGAGACCCUUACCACAGGGACAGGGCGUCCCGCACCAUCAGCCUGCCUGUCAGGGGACACACCUUUCCCAGGCAGUCUCGAGGUUAUGACACUUCCCCUCUAACAAGGAGGAAAUCUUACGACCGCGCGUACAGGCCCACUGACGGCUACACUCCCCCGUCCUCCCCUCCUCUGAGGACAAGGAAUGACCGCAAUGUCUUCUCUAGGCUCACCAGCAACCAAACCCAAGGUUCUGCUCUGGACAAGUCGGAUGACAGCGACUCCUCGCUCUCCGAGGUGCUCAGGGGUGUGAUCAAUCCCAUCGGGGGUGUGAAGGGGGGUCGGACGGCGCCCCUGCAGUGUGUCUCUGUAGCCGAGGGACAUUCAAAGCCAGUCCUGUGUGUGGAUGCUACAGAUGAGCUGCUAUUCACUGGAUCUAAAGAUCGUACCUGUAAGAUGUGGAACCUGGUAACGGGUCAAGAGAUUGUCACUCUCAAAGGCCACCCAAACAACGUGGUGUCUGUAAAAUAUUGUCCAUCCUCCUGUCUGGUCUUCUCUGUCUCCACCUCCUACAUCAAGGUGUGGGACAUCCGCGACUCUGCCAAGUGUAUCCGCACGCUUACUUCAUCAGGACAGGUGGUUUCAGGUGAUGCAUGUGCGGGCACCACCACCCGCACAAUAACCUUUGCACAGGGCGAGUGUCAAAUUAACCAGAUAGCCCUCAACCCAUCAGGAUCUGUGCUCUACGCUGCUGCUGGAAAUAGUGUUCGCAUGUGGGACCUCAACAGGAUGCAAGGAAUGGGGAAGCUGACAGGCCACAUCGGUUCUGUCAUGUGUCUGACAGUGGGACAGUCUCUGCUGGGCAAAGACCAAGUAAUCACUGGCUCCAAAGACCAUUAUGUCAAGGUCUUUGAUGUGGCAGAGGGAACUCUGGGUAAUGUAGGUCCAGCUCAUAACUUUGAGCCACCUCAUUAUGACGGCAUCGAGUGUUUGGCUGUACAGGGAGAUGUGCUGUUCAGCGGGUCGAGGGACAACGGCAUCAAAAAAUGGGACCUGGAGCAGCAGGAACUCACUCAGCAAAUCCCCAACGCCCAUAAGGACUGGGUGUGUGCUCUGGCAUACGUCCCGGGCCGGCCCAUGCUGCUGAGCGCCUGUCGGGGCGGCAUGCUGAAGGUGUGGAACGUAGACAAUUUCACCCCCAUAGGAGAGGUCAGAGGUCACGACAGCCCCAUCAAUGCCAUAUGUACCAACUCAAGACAGAUCUUCACUGCAUCCAGUGACUGCAGGGUGAAGCUGUGGAGCUAUGUGCCAGGCUUGACCCCAUGUCUUCCUCGACGGGUCCUGGCCAUAAAGGGCCGAGCCACCAGCCUCCCAUGAUUGCCUCCUCUCCGCUCACCAUUCCUCCCUUCCUCUGCGACAAAACAGUGAAGAUCUGGUCGUCAAAGGUGUGGAGGAAGAGGUGACGACCGUAGCGGCUCUUUUGUCAGCCAUCUUGCCGCAACUUCAGCCACUGAUCUGUGACCUGCUCGCUUCUAGUAAUGAGACAGAAAAAGCCAUUUUCAAGGCAAUCGAGGUGUUUUUUUCAUUGUCAAGGUGCAAAAUGACAAAGCCGAGGUGGAAUAUCUAUUCAAAGGCCUUUCAGAUUUUUUUUUACUGCCAAUUUGAAAGUGCCAUUCAGGUGUGAUGCUACUCAGACAAAAUAAACCACAUCCUCCCAGCGAUGGAUUCACCAGGCGGAACGAUUUCUCUUUCCCCGCCAUGGAAACUACCACAGCCUGGUAUUAAAAGGAAAAGAAAAAGUGUCCUUCUGUUCUUCCAAGGUUUUAGAAUCCUUGUGGAGCAGCGAGAGAUGGAUUUGCUCAUGUGUCUUUUGACUGAAAGUCAAGACACAGGCCGAAUUUAAAUCCCAGAGGGACGUUACCUAACAACUGGGACAGCUAUUUCCUUUUGCCCCUCCAUUGUGAACUGUCAGUGUUCGCUGGUGUUGUCACUGUUCUGAUACUGAACACAUUGGAGGGUCAUGCGAUGGGUUCAUAGAUCUUGGAUCACUGGAAAGUUAAAAGAAACACCACUUGAUAUUUUGUUUUUCACUCCAGAAACGCCCUCCAAUCACCUUUAGUUCAAAUCGCUCUCAGUAUGUCAAUGAAACUUUAUUGCGUUCCACAAGUCGUGUUAAUUUUUUUUAAUGACUUUUACUAAUUUAUUAUUCUCCCUACCUCAGUUGUUUUGGACUUUGGCAUGAGGUGGGAGGGAACAUUUUUACGGGUCUCUGUGUACAAACACCUGGUGCUUGACAUUUUGAUGUCUUUAUUUAAUGCCUGGCUCUUCAUCUCUGUGUGGAUGUGUCCUCUGUGGCCCUCUGGCUAUAAGACUGUCUAGCUGCUGACCCUGCAAACAGGAAAGCACACGUCCAGCAGCACAACUAAGGUAGCACUGGCCCCCGGAGAAUCUGACCGGAUUUUAAUAUCUGCUCUGUAAAGUGCUAACUGCAGCAAAAAAGAGAGAAAAAACACCCCUGCAGACGCACAUGACACAAACAGUACAUACCUACAGCACACACUCCUGAGACAUUUUUGAGUCAGGUACUCCAUUGAGGCCAAAGUGCCAGAUCAUUAUCUCAACCCUCCUACAGUGUGUGGCUCAUACCUGCCAUUUAUCCUCCACGCAAAUGGUAAUAUGAGCCCUACCAGCUCCCCCCCAAACUCCUCCUGCUUUCAGCUCCUCUCUGAUCUUUAAGGUAAGCGACUGUAUCAGACUGACCAGCCUUACCGAAGAGUCCACCUCCUUCCCAGCUACUGAACUUCUCUGGGAAGCCAAUUUAAUUAGAGGUCCCGCAGCUCUACCGGCUGCUUUUCAGGCAAGAUUACUCGGGUGAAAGUAGGUCAUAACUGAGAGGGAUUUCUUAUUAAAAUCCCAGUUUUUCUUCCACCCACUAUUUGCUGCUACAUUUAAAGAGCGGGAGAAACUUCCUGUACCCGUGCACUGAUGUACAAAUCUGUUUAUGUUGUGGAUUAUGUGUGGGCAACACACACGCGCAUAUGCACAAACCAUGGACAUGCACGCACACACACACACACAAACACACAAGAUUUCAGUGGAUGUUUCGGUUAUCCAUCUUGCCUGAUGGGUCUUGGCAUCCCUCACUGUGUUGAUUUAGUGUCUCUUUAAUGAAACAAAUUCAGCACUGCACUGACACACACAUUAUGCACAUGUAUUCACACUCCUACAGGCAACAGUAAUAACCCAAGUCUUAAAAAUCAGUUCAGUUAUCUUUGUGUUCUGAAUAUAGAUAAUAGCAAGCAUUCACACCACUUUCAGUUUAUGAUCUUGGGCUUUUUUGUGUCACUUCAAAAUGACAAGCAGUGUUUAAAAGCUUCCUGUCACACAGACGUUUCAUGGUGUGUUCAUACCGAACGCAAGGUGAAUUUUCGCGCCGCGUUACUUGUGUGAAUACGGAUGCUGGAGAGUUUGAGUAUUUUGCAACUGACAAAUAUUUUCCCGGAACAAUUAUGCAAACUAAUAAGCUAAAGGCUAAGUUGGUUUGCAGUACAAACGACAGCUGGAAUCAAGUGAUGUCAACACGGUAAACAUGGAGGCUCUGAAUGCUCUGAACCAGCAUGAACCAAGAAGGCAACACUCUUAUUUUUCAUACUGUCACAACAGCACACUACUACUCCACUCCUUCUAUUUAUACUUUCCACAAUAAAAGACCAACUGACUCAGAGCAUUCUGCGAAAGAGAAAUUCAACAAAACGCAAGUCACAAAUGCAUAUUUUCAGAACUUACAUGUAGUCUUAAGGCUUCAGUAACUUAUCUCCAAGGCCUCUCCUUGUUUUUUUCUGUCGUACAGUACAACAUUAGUUGGUGGAGCUCUGGGUGCCUACAAAUGGUGACACUGUUUGUCCUCCAUAACCGUGGAUGCUCUCAGUGUCAACUUAAGACUUAAUACCUAUGGCAUCACAAAUUUUAGAUUUAGCACUCAAGCAUUUGGAUUUAGGAGAGAGUUGCUCAUGUUUCUGAAUAUUUUUGGACUGUUUUAGACCACAGGAAUAACAUGUAUACAUUUUGAAACUAUGUAACCUCGCUGUGCGAAACACUUGCUUUGCGUCCGAUGUGAACACACCAUUACAGCUUAACGAAAACAUUCACCAAUUCAUGUCUGUCAGUAUCAAAAUAUCACGACGCAGUUUAAUUUUUUCAGCUCUUAAAUCUCACUUCUUCUGUUGGAAAAACAAAAGGAAAUUUAGUGAACUCUUCCGUACAAAAGACCCAGAAACAUGUAGUUUAAUUAAACAAAGUUAGGAUCAUAAAACAGCAGUCACAGAUGCUGAAGUCAGUUAAUACUUUAAACAUACUUUCUGCAAAUUCUCCUCUAAGAGGGAGUACGCACUGCUGACUGUUGAUGUAGCCAAUAUGGGUUUGAAGCUGCUUACAUUAUCCAAAAGCAAUUAUAUGGGGUUUUUUUUUGUUUGUUUUAUAUUGGGGGACGGGGACGGGAAGGGGGGCAGUGAUUGCAAAUGUGUGUAUGGGGGUAAUUUGUUGAAGCGUUCUUGGUUUUAAUAUUUUGCCAUGCUUAGAAACUCAGGUAAAGGUUGAAGGAUAAUGUCAGUCAUUACUUGACCUGUGAUUUUAGGUAGCUCUUUGAAUCGACCAAAUGCCUUGUUUGAGAGAUUUGUUUUUUCACUUUGAGAAAGAAGGUACUAUCAUGUAUUACCCCUUUUUGUAGGAAAAAAAAAGACUCAUUUACAUAUUUUGCUUUCCCCUUUACUUAUUAUCUAUGUAGUGUGCUUUUCUGUACAAAAUGUACACAUCUUAAAUGACAUCUUCCAAAUCUGGCCAAAGCUGAAAGUCUUGCAACUCUGAGAAGAUGUGCACUGAUUUUUGACCGUAAUUACUUGUUUAAAAUAUGUAUAAAAUAUGGUAAUUGUAUAGUAGUUAAACCUGAGUGUGCGGUACAAAUUGUGGUCAGUAGGGAAAUUAACCUCCAUAACGUAACAUAAUGGGUUAUACUUUGACCUCGAGUGAGAAUCCACUGGGCCCUUCAUCGUACACUAUGUAUUUAUCUGUGCUCAUUAGCCAAACUGACCCUGCUCACCAGCUCUGUGGUGUGUUUCAUGUGAUAACAAUGCUAAGACAGCCUUUAUCGCAGUUUUUUUUAUUCUCUUCUUCAGACUGCUAUUUAUUGCUAGAGAAGAUCUCGUAGUACUGUAGCUUUAGGCGCUCUCUUUUAGGUGCCCUGUGCUUGUACAUUUGCUGAAGGUUGCAUGAUGUUGGUGGUGCUUAUCGGUUGAUUGGUCACCUCAAAACAUAGCAAUUUUAUUGGCAAUUAUUUCCCCCUGCUAUUGUCAAUCUUAAUGCUUAACACCUGAGUGGAUUUGCUAUCAGAGUCUAGAGGUAUUCAGCCUGUUGUUUGGAUUCUGACACAUUGACAGUCAAGUAAAAUAUGUAGCAAAAAAUUCUGAACGUGCUUCACAUAAGAUGCUUGCUUAGAAGUUUCAUUAAAGCCAAGUAGAAGCCCUAAAUUAUUAUCUGGCCUUGGAUCAGCUCCACCCAAAGUUACCCUGAGUUCUGAGGCUUUAAUUCUGCCGAUGUCAGCACCACUUCAUGACUUGAUGAUGUGUAAAUAGGUGUGUCAUACCUUGUUUAAUAUUACAGCGGAGUUUCAGUCAAGGUUAGCUGACGUCUUCCUCAUCAGCUGGCCUCACAGUAAUCUCUGCAAGUUAGGAUUUACAUGCACUUUGGAGAAGGAACACUGCUGUGAAUACUCUGUGAACUGUUUUCCAGAUAUGUAUUAAGCCUAGAUGUAGACUUAGUUUACAAAGACAGAGUUUACGAGUCCCAAACGAGGCUUCAAGCUGGAGUGCAGGAUUUUUGUCUCCCCCAUGUGGCAGUGAAAGUAAUUACAUAAUCACUGUUGAUGCAUGUUUACGACGUACACCUGCAGGAGCUCGCAGCAUCUCCCCCGACCCCUGAAGUGUUCUCUUCCAGUCUUUUUUGAUCGUUCCUCUGAACGCUGAUUUUCUUUUUUAUCUGGAGCAUCCAUUUUCUUGGCUGCUUCUUAGGAUCUACCGCAGUAGCUUCCACCAUACUCCUGGAGUUGCUGCUCCAUCACUAUGGUCUCUCCACCGUUCUGCCCCGUUUAGCUCUGGCUGGUUGAUGUGAAAUGCAUCACCAGCGCAGGAAAGUUGCCACAAACACUGCAACCCCAGUAUACUGUGAAAUACAAAGAGCUUUCCCUGAUGACGAUGGGCUUAAUCAGCACUGUGUGAACUUGUUUGGUAAGGGCUUGAAUGUAACGGACAUUCAUUUAUAUGUAAAAGUCCCGCACUCCAUCUUUAAAGCACUGAAAUUGUACCGAACAUCUGUUUAACUCUACAGUAGGUUUAGAAGUCAAUGAUAUUAAUGUUUGUGCUGAGACAGUAUGUAAGAUAACAGUCAACACAUAGAAAGACAGUCCCCAGUACGUCCCUUCCUGUAAAGUUCCCUUUUUAUAGCAAACGUUACCUGAGAAUGAUAAUUUUCUUUCUGACAGAGCAGCAUGCACACCUUUGUAGACACUCAGGAGAGUCCAUCUCCAUCCUUAUUUCCCUGGCUGUCUGCUGGUAUUCGGACAUUUUUCUUAAUAAUACUGACCACAAACAGGUCAUAUUACUCUAUGAAAGAUAUAAUCGGAGACACAGAAUGACAACCUCUAACCUUAAUUUAUUUCUCCUGCAACAAUCAACUGCAGAAAAAUCCUACCUGAUGAAAUGUCCAUUCAGGAAGGAACAUUAUCACAAUAAAUGUGCCAUGUAUUGAGCAUGAGGUAUUGUUUGAUUGGUAACCCUCUCCAAUCCCAAAUUGGUACACCAGCUAGUGAGAAUGUCCUGUGGCCAAAUGUUUAAAAAAAAAAAAAAAAAAAAAGGGAGUGGGGUGGGGGGUCCCCAAGCCUUUGUUCACACGUAGUUUCAAUUGGAAAGCUGUUUGACCAAAGCUAAAAAUCACUUGAACAGCUGCUGCCUUGCUCUUAAAAGCCACAAUGUGGAACUAAAAUGUCUGAAUUUAGUGCCCCCAAGAAGUGGUAAGUAACAAUACACAUGUGGAUGUCACCUGGGGACACAGAAUCAAUUGACCAUUUGCUAAGCCCCGCCUCCUCAGCUACUGUUGCUAUGCCUGUCAAGAUGUCCUUCUAGUGCAGAACUUAUGCAUUUACAGUAGCUUCUAUUUUACACAGACAUAACAAAAGCAGAUAUAUACCCUGCCUAAAACAACUUCUAUGCCUUAGUGUUUGUAUUUUCAAACGGUGAGCUUAAUUUUGACCAAAGAAAAGGAUUUUAGGAUAAGGAAAAACUGAUCCAUUUGGCAGACAUUGAUACUAUAGGUUUGGCUGGAGUUUCAGGAGCAUAAACUUCCAGUAUCGAUAUUCAACACUCUGAUGUAGUCAGGGGUUCAACUGGGUAGCACAUAAGCUCUACUUGCCCACUAAAGUACAUACAAUCUGAAUUCCAAUUUUCAUAUCAGGCUGGUGGCCAGCUGCAAUGCUGUAACCCAUGUAAGGACAGCAACAGAAAGUUUGAUGAUCCAUUAGGGAGUCAGUAUGAUCUGGGAUCAGUAAGUCUGGCCAAAUUACCUAGCUGCGGAAUGGUACGUUUUCAGCUGUAGUCUCCUAGUGGCUGGAGGUGAGGCAGAGGGAGCUUAAUCCCUGGAUAUAGUAGCACCACCCUCCAAACUCUUUAUAUAUGGAGUUAUGUUAAUAUUAGAGCCUCUGCACACUGUUUUGGCAUGUGGAGGAAAAAAACAAAGCUUGACAGGUCCAUGGUGCCCUAGUUACAGGGGGUGCGGGGUUUAGUGUAUGGUCAUUUCACUAAAGGCAAAAUAAAGACUGCACCUAUUUUUCAAGGCAAAAACAAAAAAAAAAUAUCAAUGUAUAGUUGGUGUAAGCAGUCUGUUCGGUAUUAGAUUUUGGACCAUGGGAUAGAUACAGUAGGAGAGCUGCCAGUCAAACUGAUUGUGUGAUUACCGCCUGAAGCAUUUCCAGCACAGCCCUGCCCAACCAUCUUAUGACCACUAGGAAAUAGUCAGCUCAGCUACAGCCUCGUGCCUCAGCCAACAGGCCUUACUGCCUUAAAGAAACAGAAUGUGUAUGUAGGACAUUGAUAAUCAUUCACUUAAUAUCCCGAAUCUGUAACAGACGUAUUUUGAAGAUUGUAGAUUGUCCUACAGAUUGUGAAAUUCUGUUCUAAGCCAGACAACGUCUCAGCUCGCUCUAUCAGUACGGCUGAAAAGACUUUCAACUCUGCCUCAGGCUGCUGAGGGGAUGGGAUCGCAUUUAGACACAAUCAAGAGGGCACUUUACUGCUUUGCUGCUCGGCGGCGAAUCACUAUCACACACCAACACAGGCGGCUGCUCGAGUAAUCUUUCUCAAGGCGUGCGUUGUCAUCUUGAGGAUAUGGUAAUACAAUAUGUGGCAGUGUCUGUGAAAUAUGUACUCAUGGGACAUAAAUGCAGGGUCAAAGGUCAUUUGUGCCUUUUAUUGCACAGACUACUCCCUCUUAAAUGAGUGUAAAUGUGUGUACAGUUUUUUUUACAUAACAAUGUGCAUGUGACCAAGCCAUGUAAAAUAUCUGACUGUAAAUAAUGUAAGUAAAUAUUUAAUGAAGGAUCCAACAUUCGCUCAAGAAAAUAAAUAAGUUAAAAACUGUCCUUUGUGUCAUCUGGUGUAAAUAUUAUUUGUAGUCUGGAUUGUGAAAUAAUUAUGAGAUUACACUUCUGUAAUUAUCUUACAAGAAUUUGUUUUUUUAAUUAGAUUAAUUGGGGGGUUUAUAAUA